GGCAACCGCCGAACGCGGGCGACGGCCGAGAGCCCAGGGUGGACUGGGACUGGGCCCCUCGGCGGGCGCCAAUGAGCACAGGGGCCGCGGGGGAGCUGGACGCGGGCAGGAUGGAGGACGAAGAGGAGGAGAUCACCGCCGCCACGCUGCGGGGCAAGCCCCGGCCGCUGCCCAUCUCGGCGCUGUCCGCCUUCAGCUACAUCCCGCCGCGGCGCCUGGACCCCAAGGAGCACAGCUACUACUACCGCCAGGGCAAGACAGGAAUCAUUUCCCUCUAUGACUGUGUUUUUAAGAAGAACCCGGGUUAUAACCAGAAAUUGCACCGAGAUGACAGAGAACAUGCAAAAAGCCUGGGACUUCAUAUUAACGAGGAGGAGCAGGAGAGGCCAGUGGGACUGCUGACGUCUUCUGUCUACGGGAAGCGCAUACAGCAGCCCGUGGAGCCUCUGAACCGGGACCAUGGCCGCGCCAACCAUGUGAAGGCUGACUUCUACCGGAAGAACGACAUCCCCAGCAUCAAGGCACCUGGCUUUGGGCACAUUUCUCCAGCCUGAUGCCUUCCCUGUGGCCUGAAGGGCCCAUGGGCAAGUGAGGCUGCCUUAUUUUCCCCUUCACAGACAUCUCGGAGCUGGCCUGAUGCUUCUGUGGCACCUUGACAGUGGGAAGGACGGGCCCAGAAGCCGCUUGCCCUCCCACUGCCUUGGUGAAGAAACUGGCCAAACACCUUUAAGACUUAGGAUGAACAUCUAGUGUGAUGGUUUUCACGUGAACUGAUUUCAGAUGAGAUGAUGCUGAAUACUGAUGCAUUGGGAGCACCCAAAUACAAUGAAAACUUUGUUCUCACUUGA